AUGGAGUUACCAUCCCUCUGCUUGUCCCUGAGUUCCGUGCUGUUGGCCGUGGGAUGGAGGAGCGGGACGGGAAUGACCGCAGGCGCUUCCCAAGAUGUAUGCAGGCUGGUGGAUGGGAGUGCUGAUUGCCAGAGGAGAGGCCUGACUUCGCCCCCCACCCAUCUGCCGCCCCAGCUAGAAGAGCUGCUCCUGGACGGGAACCCCAUCCGGACUUUGGGCGGGCGGCUCUCCUCCUCCUACCCGCUGCUGGGGAAGCUGAGCGCCCGCGGCUGCCGGCUGGAGCUCGUCGAACCCGGCGCCCUCACGGGCAGCGCCCGCCUGUGGGCCCUGGACCUGGCGGACAACUCCCUCUCCGCCCACGCCGCCGCCACGGGGGCCGCCCUCCGCUCCCUCCCGGCCCUGAGGAGGCUGGACCUGUCGAGGAACGGCCUGACCGAGGAGACGGCCGCCCUGCUGCUCCGGAACCUCUCCUCCCUGGAGUCCCUGUCCCUGGCCCGCAACGGCCUCAUGCGGCUGGACCCCUCCGUCUUCGCCGGCCUGGGCAGCCUCCGGGAGCUGGACCUGCAGAAAAACUACAUCUACGAGAUCGAGAAGGGGACCUUCGAGGGGCUGGGGGCCCUGGACCGGCUCGAUCUGGCCUACAACAUUCUCCCCUGCAUCGUGGACUUCGAGCUGACCCAGCUGCGGGUGCUCAACGUGAGCAACAACAUCCUGGAGUGGUUCCUGUCGUCCGGCCGAGAGGCGGCCUUCCGCCUGGAGACCCUCGACCUGUCCCACAACCGGCUCCUCUUCUUCCCGCUCCUGCCGGCGGCCAGCCGGCUCCACACGCUCCUCCUGGCCGACAACGAGAUGAGCUUCUACGAGGCGGCGGCCGCGGCCCUCGGCGGGGAGGCCCGACCGCGGGGGCGGGAGGAAGUGGUGCAGUUCCUGCUCCUGGACGGCGGCCUGCUCUCGGUCACCACCGUGACCCUCUGGGAGGACUGGGCCCUGGGCGACCUGUCCUCCCUGCGCUUCCUGGACCUCAGCCGAAACCAGUUUCGCUACCUGCCGUCCGGGUUCCUGCGCAAUCUGACGGCCCUCGCCCACCUGGACCUGAACCGGAACUGCCUGGAGUCGCUCGGCCUGCGGGAGGACGGGCCCCCGGGCCGGGCCCGGCCCCCGCGAGGACGAGGCCCGGCCAGGGAGGGGACGGAGGCGGCCCCCCGGCUCCUCCGGGACCUCCGCUUCCUGAACCUGAGCGUCAACCGGCUGCGGGGGCUGCCCGCCGGCUUCUUCGCCCACACCGGGAACAUCACUACAGUGGACCUGAGUCACAACCGCAUCCGGCUGUGCCCGCAGCCGACCGGGGCCUGCGUGGAUUUCCGGGACGCGGCCUCCCUGAGGAGCCUCUCCCUGGGCGGCUGCGGGCUGGCGGGCCUGGACGCCCAGGCCUUCCGGGGGAUGGCCUUGACCCACCUGGACCUGUCCGACAACGAGGGCGCCCUGUGUCGGGGUGGUCCGGCCCUGGGGCCCCUGGCCGCCACCCUGAGGGUCCUCCACCUGGGCCGCGCCGGCCUGGGGCCCAACUGCACCGAGCCGGACCUGUCCCUCUUCGGGAGCCUGCGGGUCCUGGGCCUGGCGAGCAACUCCCUGAGCGACGUCCCCCGGGCCCUGGGCCGCCUGGCCCUGGAGAUCCUGGACCUGCGGCAGAACGGCCUGGCGGCCCUGCCCCGCCGGACCGUGGCCGAGCGGCUCCCGCAGAGCCUGCGGGUCCUCUACCUGGGCCAGAAUCCCUUCGACUGCUGCCGGAUGGAGGGCUGGGACCUCCUCCUCAGCCGGCCGGGGCUCGGCGUCCCCGACCGGGCCCGGGUCCUCUGCAACUUCUCCGCCCGCGGCUUCCGCGUGGACGACCUGCCCGAGGAGGUGGUCCGCGACUGCCGUUGGGGACGGGCCGACCCGGCCCUGCUCUACUUGGUGCUCCUCCUCCCCACCUGCCUCACCCUGCUCGUGGCCUGCGGCGUCAUCUUCCUGACUUUCAAGAAGCCACUGCUGCAGGUCGUGAAGACGCGCUGCCACUGGUCCUCCGUUUACUGACCCCGGCCCGUCGGCAGGGUCGCCUCAGGGGUGGGAACUCGGCCUCCUCCUCCUCCCGAGUCCUCGCUCCCCUACUCGGUCUCCGUCGUCGAAUAUUUAUUAACCAAAGUGGGGACUCGGGUGAAGCCGGACGCUCCUCCGGCUUUCGGUCUGUCGGAAGAGACGACCGCACUGUGCGGGCCCGCCGGCAUUUUGGGGGAACUCGUUUGGGAAUGCUUUCUUAUGUUUUCAUGGUGGUGGUUGAGUGUUUUUGUCCUGCCGUUUCGUCGGCUGGGUUUAUUAUGAUGAUGUUUUGGAUGAGACGGGGGAACGGGGAAGAGGAAGCAGGGAAGGAUGGAUCGUACGGUA